AUGGUAUUCAUCAUGGCCAGUAAUUGUGACACCCUACAAUCUCCCCCAGGGAUGUGCAGGAACGAUGAGUUCAUGUUUUUAAUAGUUCUUGUCCCUAGGCCUAGAAAUCCUAAACAACAAAUGGAUGUUUUCCUACAUCCGUUGAUAGUUAAGCUGAAUCAAUUGUGGGAAUUUGGAGUUAAGAAAUUCAACGUUCAUAAUAGGCAGAAUUUCCAAUUGAAAGCGGCACUUAUUUGGACAAUUAAUGAUUUUUCCUAUUAUUCCAUGUUGUCUGGGUGGAGCACAUCUAUGAGACUAGCUUGCCCACACUGCAUGGAAAAUACAGAUGCAUUCUUGCUCACAGAGAGGGUAUGCGAGUGUAAAAGGUUCAGACAGCUGAAAACCGGAGAGAAAUUGUUGGCACAAGUGGACAGUUUGGGGUUUAUGAAGGCUUAUGAAAUUGCAAAAGAUCCGGGCACUGGGAGAUUUUCUAAGGCGACGUAUGCUUUGGACAGGGACAAAAAAAAGGCUUUAUUUGAGUGGAUUAAGUUAAUAGAGUUUCCAUAUGGCUAUGUGUCCAACUUGUCCAUAUGUGUAGAUCCAAUCGAGGAAGAUCUUAAACGUAUGAGGCUUCACAUCCCUAAGAUAUUGUGCAAGAUGCAACGUAUUUUCCCACCCAACUUUUUUGACUCAAUGGAACAUCUACUCAUACCAAGCUAUGAUGGCAAGGCCGUAUCUGUGAGGAGUGGAAACAAAUAUUUGAGAGAACUGGAAAAGAAGGUCACCAAUAAAGGCAGGGAGGAUGGAAGCAUUAGUAGCGGAUACCUGCAAGAAGAAACAGCAAAAUUUGCAGCUUAUUACUUUUCAGAAGGUGACCCAAUGAUACCUGAGCGGCUACAAAGGAAUGAAGUGUCUGAUAUUGAAGUCAACGACUAUGUCGACAAGCUAUCUAUUUUCAAGCCGCACAGGCAACCAGUGGGUGCUUGCCGCAAGAAAUAUCUUGAAGAUGAUGAGAUUAUUGUUGCCCAGACAUAUGUUCUUUUGAAUUGUCCUGAAAUUGAAAAUUACAGAGAGGUUUUUGAAGCCGAGUUGCGCGUAAGAAACCCCAAAAUUAGCAACUUGCAAAUUGAAGCGAAGUUCAAGAUCCAACUGUCUGUACCAAUCCCUUCAUUCUUAGUCUCGCAAAGGGACCUCUUUAGAUCAGUUAGAACAUUUAAGGGUUACUGUGUAAACGGAUUAAAAUUUCAGACUCAAGCUUAUGGAGAGGAACAACUAACGAUGAAUAGUGGAGUCUGCAUUAAGGGAACCCAAUAUGUCGAAAGCGAAAAUGACUUUUAUGUAGUCCAGAUAGACAUAAUUGAGUUAGAGUAUCCUACGCUUCCAAUGAAGACGAUUGUCUUAUUUAAAUGCGAGCGGUUCGAUCCAACGCAAAAUUCUGGCACAAUUAGUAACAAAUACAACAUUGUGUAUAUUAAUAACAGAAAGAGAUACAAUAAGUAUGAACCUUUCAUCUUAGCCGAACAGGCCGACCAAGUUCAUUAUCUGCCAUAUCCGGAAAAAAAAUGA